UUGUUGUCGCUGGUCGCAACCGCCCGUUUUCUCUCUCUGAUUCCAUCAAUCAAUAUAUAAAAAACCCUACCUUUCAUAUUCUACUUUUCCUCUUGUGCUCACAAAGCUUAUACUUUGAUUCUUCCUGCGUUACGGUACUAUAGUUUCAGGCGUGAAAAGAAAAGCCAAAGGAAAAUCGAACUACCGUUUAGUUUUCCGAUUUCUCUGCGUGUAUACAUUUCUAUUUCUCGAUCUCCCUUCUUAGUCGUAUCUGAUCGAUCUCUUCUUGUCGAUUUAACUUUGAUUUGAUCGGACGAUCUCCUAAACCAAGAUGUGUGGUGGAGCUAUUAUCUCCGAUUUUAUUCCGACGAGUCGCUUCAAGCGACCUAGCGCUGCUGGUGUAGUGUGGGAUAUUAAGAAAAACUAUUCCAAGCCCUUAGGAUCGGAGAUCACCAACGUCGACGAUGAUUUCGAGGCUGACUUUCAGGAGUUCAAGGACGAGUCCGAUGAGGAGGUUGAAGAUGUUAAACCGUUUUCCUUCGCUCCCACUUCUCAGUCUUCUCGAGGAGGGUCGACUGCUGUAAAAGCUGUGGAAUUCAAUGGGCUUGCUGAAAAAUCUGCUAAGAGAAAGAGGAAGAACCAGUACAGAGGAAUCCGACAGCGGCCUUGGGGGAAAUGGGCUGCUGAGAUCAGAGACCCUAGAAAGGGGGUCCGUGUCUGGCUAGGAACCUUCAAUACUGCUGAAGAAGCCGCAAGGGCUUAUGAUGCUGAAGCUCGGAGGAUUCGUGGCAAGAAAGCUAAGGUGAACUUCCCAGAAGUGACAUCAUCUGCAACUACGAAACACGCUGCGAAGAAGCCAGUUGCAAAAGCGAACAUGACAUCUGAGAAGCAGAAUCUGGACCAAAAUUUCAGUUUCAUGAGCAACCCGGCUUCUGAUUUCUAUGACACUUCGGCCUACAUGGAAGAGAAGGUCUCAGUGAAUGGAUCAAAGGGAUCCGGUGGAUGUAUGAAUUCAUUCCCUGCCAUAGGAGAUCAAAAUGGAUUCAAAUCAUUUUCACCUUCUGAAUCGGACACACUUUGUUUUAAUUCAGAUCAGGGGAGCAAUUCCAUUGACUGUUCUGAGUUUGGGUGGGGUGAACGAGAAUCCAAGACUCCAGAGAUCUCAUCAGUUCUCUCAAAUACAAUUGACAGUGAGGGGUCUGACUUUUUGGAGGAUGCUCAUGUAAAUAAAAAAAUGAGGACCAUACCAGAGGAUGAUGUGAUUCAGUUCGAGGAAAAUACUGCAAAGAAGCUUUCAGAAGAACUGCCCACAUUUGAAUCCCAGUCGAAGCUUUUUCAAAUACCAUAUCUUGAUGGCAGCUGGGAGACGGAGACGUCAAUGGAAAGCCUCCUCAAUAGUUCGAUGGACCUAUGGAGCUUUGAUGACUUCCCUCCAAUGGUGGGAGGUGUCUUCUGAAGGGUCUUAUAGUCUCUCAUGCUGGUUUAUGUAAAUAAGACAACAUGAAUAGCUGCUGAUGGUAGAGAUGGAGACAAGGUUCCAAAAUGCUUCAGCUGUGGAGAGAGUUCUCAAGCAGCUUUUGGGUUAUGGGGAAAGAUAUAUAGGUAUCGUCUUUAGAUUUUGGCUUUCAAAUUUGUAAUUUGACCUGCUUCUGGAUGUUUGCAUUUGAGUUAAGCUGCAUGCCUUUGUUGUUUGUUGAUGACUGGUGAUAUGUGAUGAAACACUGAUUGAUAUCAGUUUGCACUCUC